AUGGCUUCAUUAACGUUAACUUUGCUAAACUUUAUACCAGUCUUCGUAAUACUAUUUAUAAUAAAGAAACUGUAUGGAUUAUACCAAAGGAGGAAGGAGCUACAGAGAGCAUUGAAGGAUUUCCCUGGUCCGACCCCACAUUGGUUAUGGGGCAACAUGAAGGAGCUAUCCAGAGAUCGGACUGUAGAAUAUGCCAAGAAAUACAAUGGAGCAUUCCCUGUCUGGAUGGUGGGACCAGCAGAUGCCAUUUUAAUGACUGUCCACCCUUCCACUGUUAAGUACGUCUUGUCUGGAACAGAUCCUAAAGAUGAGAUUACCUAUGGACUGAUGUAACCGUGGAUCGGUGAUGGUCUUUUACUAAGUCGGGGUAAGAAAUGGGACAGAAAUCGACGACUUGUAACACCAGCAAUUCAUCAAGAUAUAAUCAAGAAUAAUGUGAAGACAUUUUGUGAUUCUACUAAAAUACUGAUAGAAAAAUGGAGAAAAACGAAAGAGCCGGUGGAAACUUUUCAUCACAUAAGUUUACUGACCUUAGAUUGUAUGAUGAAAUGCUUGUUUGAAUACAACAGUGACUGUCAAAAUGAAAAAACAAGACAUCCAUAUAAACAAGGGGUGUAUGAUGUGUCGGAGCUGAUAGUAAAACGGAUGAGAAACCCACUUCAACACAACCCAUUUAUUUACAAAUUUACAGAAAACGGGAGGAAAUUUUACAAAGCUUGCGAAGUUGUUCAUGAAUAUUCGUCUAAAAUAAUAUCCGACAGAAAAAAAACAUUGAAAAAAGAGGAAAAUGGCAACAAAAUCACAAUUUUUCUUGAUAUACUCAUUAACUCAAGGGACGAGGAUGGGAAUGGCUUGUCUGAUACAGAGAUACAAGAUGAAGUAGAUACAUUUAUGUUUGAGGGUCACGAUUCUACUGCUAGUACUGUAUCGUGGUGCCUUUAUAACCUAGCUAAACAUCCAGAAUAUCAAGAAAGAUGUAGAGAAGAAAUAAAAGAAAAAUGGGGAAAUAAGGAAGACAUCACAUGUGAAGAUGUAAACAAACUAGAGUACACUGUGAUGUGUUUGAAAGAAAGUAUGAGAAUGUUUGCACCGGUACCAAAUAUAGCUCGAGGCGCAGAAAAGGAUAUACUGUUACCUGAUGGUCGAAUGAUCCCAGCAGGGACCAGGAUGGGAGUAUUCAUAUACGCUCUUCAAAGAAACCCAGAUGUUUUAAAAGAUCCAGAGAUAUAUGACCCCUCAAGAUUUUUAUCAGAAAAUAAAGUUUCACCUUUGAAAUUCUUGGUAUUUUCAUUUGGUCCUAGAAACUGCAUUGGAAUGCGUUUUGCAUUGACUCAAGUAAAAACAAUCAUCCCAAUGAUAAUUCGAAAAUUCCAUGUGGAAUUGGAUCCCGAAAGACCAGCAAAACCCGAGAGUAUGCUGAUACAAAGGAGCAAAAAUGGCUUGUAUCUUAAAGUGACACCAGUAUAA